AAGGUGUGAGGCAGCCAGACCCACACUAAGGUUCACCCCCCGCCCCCCGGCAGCCAUGCCGCCGCCAGCAGACAUUGUCAAGGUGGCCAUUGAGUGGCCGGGGGCCUUCCCCAGGCUAAUGGAAAUAGACCAGAAAAAGCCUCUCUCCGCCAUCAUUAAAGAAGUGUGUGAGGGGUGGUCCUUGGGGAACCAUGAAAACUUUGCUCUGCAAAUUGCGGAUGCUACGAGUUUCUACAUCACAGAAAAGAAUCGCAAUGACAUCAAGAAUGGCUCCAUAUUGCGCUUGACCACAUCUCCUUAUCAGACAGCCCUGCAGCUCCAUGAGAGGAUCCAGUCAUCCAGCAUGGACGCCAAACUGGAGGCCCUGAAGGAUUUGGCUAAUGCGUCCCGUGACAUCACAUUUGCGCAGGAAUUCAUCAACCUGGACGGAAUCUCCCUGCUCACGCAGAUGGUGGAGAGUGGGACUGAGCGCUAUCAGAAACUACAGAAGAUUAUGAAGCCCUGUUUUGGUGACCUGCUGUCCUUCACUCUGACGGCCUUCGUGGAACUGAUGGACCACGGCAUUGUCUCCUGGGACACUUUCUCUGUGGCCUUCAUCAAAAAGAUUGCCAGCUAUGUGAACAAGUCAGCCAUGGACACAGCCGUGCUGCAGCGCUCCCUGGCCAUACUGGAGUCCAUGGUGCUGAACAGUCAGGAUCUGUACCACAAGGUGGCGCAGGAGAUCACGAUUGGACAGCUCAUCCCACAUCUGCAGGGGACUGACCAGGACAUACAGACCUACACUAUUGCUGUCAUCAACGCUCUUUUCCUCAAAGCUCCUGAGGAGAAGAGACAGGAGAUGGCCCACAUUCUCGCCCAGAAACAGCUGCGCUCCAUCAUUCUCACUAAUGUGAUCCGGAGCACGAUACCCAUCAACGAUGAGAUGGCCCACCAGCUGUACGUGCUGCAGGUGCUGACCUUCAACCUGCUGGAAGACCGCAUGAUGACAAAGAUGGACCCUCAGGACCAGGCUCAGAGAGACAUCAUCUUCGAGCUGCGGAGAAUCGCUUUCGACGUGGAGUGUGAGCCCAACAACAGUGGCAGCAUGGAGAAACGCAAGUCCAUGUACACCCGCGACUACAAGAAGCUGGGCUUCAUUAACCACGUGAAUCCAGCUGUGGACUUCACCCAGAUUCCUCCAGGAAUGUUGGCUCUCGACAACAUGCUGUACUUCGCCAGACAUCACCAGGACGCGUACAUCCGGAUCGUCCUGGAGAACAGCAGUCGAGAAGACAAGCACGAGUGUCCGUUUGGCCGCAGCAGCAUCGAGCUGACCAAGAUGCUGUGUGAGAUCCUCAAAGUGGGCGAGCUCCCCAGUGAAAACUGUCACGACUUCCACCCCAUGUUCUUCACCCACGAUCGCUCCUUCGAGGAGUUCUUCUGCAUCUCCAUCCAGCUGCUCAACAAGACCUGGAAGGAGAUGAGAGCCACCAGUGAAGACUUCAACAAGGUAAUGCAGGUGGUGAGGGAGCAGAUCAUGCGUGCACUGACUCUCAAGCCUAAUUCUCUGGACCAGUUCAAGAGUCGCCUGCAGAAUCUGAGCUACACAGAAAUCCUGAAGAUACGCCAGUCCGAAAGAAUGAACCAAGAAGAUUUCCAGUCCCGACCAAUCCUGGAGCUUAGAGAGAAGAUCCAGCCAGAGAUCAUGGAGCUGAUCAAACAGCAGCGGCUCAACAGGCUGUGUGAGGGAACCUGUUUCAGGAAAAUCAGCAGUCGGCGGAGACAAGAUAAAUUCUGGUACUGCCGUCUGUCUCCCAACCAUAAAGUCCUGCACUAUGGAGAUUUGGAGGAGAGUCCUCAGGGCGAGGUGCCUCACGACUCUUUACAGGACAAAUUGCCGGUGGCUGAUAUCAAAGCUGUUAUCACCGGCAAGGACUGUCCUCACAUGAAGGAGAAAGGAGCCCUGAAGCAAAAUAAGGAGGUGUUGGAGCUGGCCUUCUCUGUCCUCUAUGAGUCAGACGAAUAUUUAAACUUUAUUGCACCAGACAAACGUGAGUACUGCGUGUGGACAGACGGUCUCAACGCCCUCCUGGGGAAGGAGAUGACCAGCGACUACACCAAAUCUGACAUGGACACCCUGCUCUCCAUGGAAAUGAAGCUCCGCCUCUUGGAUCUAGAAAAUAUCCAGAUCCCUGAGGCCCCGCCCCCAAUUCCCAAAGAACCUAGUAACUAUGACUUUGUUUACGACUGUAACUAGACAAAACAAUCGUACCAGAACCAAACCAGAUCCGUCCAGAACCUACUGUACCUACCGGACCAAUCCUGUUUCUUUUUAAACUGGAACAAACACGAAUGAACCCACGUGAUGUUUGAAAAGAAAUGUGAUUGACAGAAGUAGGAUUUAUUUUACUCUUUCUUCUAAAUAGACCUCUGUGAUGGAGAAAGUAGUGCAUAAACAAUUGCACAGGAGGGACUAUGACUCUUCUGGUUGCUAUUAAGAUGAGAAACCAGGAAGUUAUUAUUUUGCAUUCCCCCCUUCUUUCCUUCCUUCCUUCCUUCCUUCCUUCCUUCCUUCCUUCCCUCUUUCCUUCCUUCCCUCCUUCCCUCCUUCCUUCCUUCCUUCCCUCCUUCCUUCCCUCCUUCCUCCCUUCCUUCCUUCCUUCCUUCCUUCCCUCCUUCCUUCCGUCUUUCCUUCUUUCCUUCCUUCCUUCCUUCCUUCCUUCCUUCCUCGCUCCCCCCUCUGUACUGAUGUUUCUCCCCCUCAGCUGCGGUGCCAGCUGUCAUUUCUGUUGAAUACAAAAAGCUUAGAAAUUCCAUUUGACACGGCUUACUUCUUGUUUAUCCUUUAUAUUCGUCUUAUUAUUUUUCCUCAGGGCUUUUGUGGGUAGGGAUGGUUGGUUUUGUGGGUCAGGAGCAGAGAGCAACAGGAGAGGAUCUGUGUUCUCUUGUCAACUUCCCAGCAGUAUUUUUCUGUCACAUGUUCUCUCAUGGUAUUUGUGGCAGCUAAUCGUUUUCCAAGAGUCUUCUUGUUAUUGAAGGAAAUAUUUCCAGAUGAUUUCUCUUAUGAAGUAACCCUUAUAUUCUCGCUGCCCCAUUACUUUAUUAUACUGAAGACUGUUAGAAUAAGUCCAUCCUCAAAACCCAGACACUGUCCUACAGUGAGAGGCUUAAUUUUUUUAGUCUAAUGUUUAUGGUCCCACGACUGCUUGUUGUAUACUGUACACACCCACACAGUGGCUUUUCCUAAAUCAGCCAUAAAAGCACUCCUGUCGUGAAUCACACACUCUUCUCUCCCUCUUUCCAGUCUCUCUCCUUGUAAUGACUGCUGUACACGACAUUCCUAAGCAAUAUUUCAGUUGUUUCUGUUGAUCAUUUAUAAAAUGACAUAAUCUAGUGACUUUGAAAUUGUGAAACUGCCAAGACGAUGCUGUAACACAGAAGAUGUUAGUAUUUGGUUGAAGGGAAGCUUCAAGCUGAACGUCUGUGUAUUUUUUUAUUUAAAAGAGGUUUUUAUUUCUACUAUGAUUUAUAUAUUUUCCCCAUUUUCCUAUUUAAUAUCUGCAAGACGUUUUUUUUUCAUAGCCCCUCAAAACUGCUGUUUACAAUAAAGAUAUAAGAAGCAUAAGCACUUUUUAUAUUUGCUGUCUUUUGCCACAUACCACAUGUAUAAGUUGGGAUCAUUCAUUGCAGCCAGUCUAACGAAGAAUAAAAAACACACUCUGCACAUACUGGACAAUAUGUCCGUUAGAAGUGAAUGUUGCCAUAUGGUUAGAAAUAACCAAAUAUUUCAAAUGAUUUUGUAUUUAAAUUAUUUAUUUUGGUAGAUUUUCACCAAUGGGAUUUUCUGUUACAGUCUUCAAAGCACGCUCUUUCUAUCAAAGAAAAAGUUCUAAGAGACUAAACUAAAAAAAAAAAAAAAAGUGAAUGUCAGCGGUAUGCGCUGAUAUUGGAACGUUCGUACAACGGAAGAAGGAAUACGUUGUACGGUCAUUAUUUCCGAUUGCGCAUCCGGCUCAUGAGACACGAGUGUUAGCCGUUUGGGCGUCCAGAGGGCGUUAAAUCAAAGAACUGGGCACGGUGGCUACAUUUGAUUGAUUGAAAUGGUGGGUUUUUUUAAAACAAUUAUCGCUUGUAUUUUGUUAGAAAUGGUAGUCGUUCGGAUGAGACCGUUAGUGUAAUUUACUCUAGCAUAUGUGUCUCGGCAGCUAACGUUAGCGUUUGAUACAAGUUGAAAUGAUUCUUAGUUUCAGUAGUUAAGUAAUUUUUCGUCAUAAGUUGAUAUCACUAAUAAUUAGUGAUAUGAAGGCCCUAACAUUUUCUGAGUAGCGUCAGAAAAUAUAACCAACGUGAAGGUGAACACAAACAAUAAACAAGUGCAGAUUGUUGCAGUAUGCUAGAUUGGCAUAGUGCAACGAUGUUUUGACAUUAAAGGUAAUGUUAUCAUGCAUCAGCACAGUGUUGUAAUAAAAACAUAAUACUUGUAA